CCUCUUUAACGGCUUCGCGGGCCGGGAGGAGGAGCUGCUGCUUCUUCAUGGGCCAAGGGAAGAGCGGAGAGAAGCUCUCGCAAGAUGGCGACGUUGGGGCCGCCGCUCCGCACUUUCCGUGGCCUUUUGCGUGAGCUCCGUUAUACGAAAGGGGAGGCCGGUCGUUCGUACCAAGAGAUGGCGGCUUAUCAGUACCUGAAGGAGGCCUUCCGCGUUCAUCGGGUAACCAGUGAAAAGUUAUGCAGGGCCCAACAUGAUCUGCAUUUCCAGGCAGCCACCUAUCUCUGUCUUCUGCGUAGUGUCCGGAAGCACUUAGCACUGCAUCAAGAAUAUCACAGUGGUGGAGAGCGCUCAGCAGAGGAAGUGGCUGGACUUGUGGGCCUUAAGCUACCUCAUCAGCCUGGAGGGAAGGGGUGGGAGCCAUAAAUAAGAAGUAAUUUGCUAAUCUUUUUUGUUUAAAUAAAAAUGUUUUAAUUUAAA